GCGUUAAUGAGGUGCAGGUGCUCCUUGCAGUGGGGAGGUGGCCAGGCUGGGGGUUAGGGACAGGCGUGUCCCUAAAGCGUGUGGCUUCAGGGGACCCCUGAGGUGCUCUGCUGGGGUGUGGGCAGGAAGGAGAAGUAAAAGGAUGGGGAUUGAAGAACAUUUGGAUUUUGUGUUGAGGGAUGUGGUUUAGUGAGGAUUGUUGGUGAUGGGUGGAUGGUUGGACUGGAUGAUCUUGAAGGUCUUUUCCAACCUUGGUGAUUCUGUGGAUGGCCUUCCCCAGGGCAGCUUUGUUGGCCACUGAGGUAGGGAAGCAGGGGUGCCAUCCUUCCUGCUGCUCCCUGUGAUUUCCUGCAGUGAUAGGGUAAAGGGCUGCCACCUUUAUCCACGCUGGCUGUAGACCAGGCAGUCCCUGCUGGGCUGCACCCUCCCCCAGGCGGGCUCUGCCCUGUGGUGGCACCAGCUCUGCUGACUGGGUGGACUGGAGCUUUUAACGAGCUUGAGAAGCACUUGUAAAAAGUCCCAGGUGAAAGGUAAAGCAGUGUGCAGAAGUAGGUGGCAGGGCCUCUGAACAAGACUUGGUUUUCUUUCACCUCCCGCUUCCCUCUUUUGUUUUUUAUUUCCAACCUGUUGUGUUUUUUCCCUCUUUGUUGGCCGCCUCCAAGGGCUGUCAUCACAAGCAACGAGGAUCCUGCUUUUGCAUUGAACUGUUUUGACCUCUCCUAUUUUUUUGUGGUCAAAAUGCCUCCUGGCCUUAUUAUACUUUCAAAGGUUUCUGUGUGCUGACUCCACCACAGAUGAUGCUUAACUGCCUGAUUUGUUUAUGGGACUCCAGCUUAUUUACACAAGGCAAUGAAUUAGGCCUCACAAAAUAUUUAUGAGGUAGGUGUGUUGUGCUGUAGUGCCCCUGGAUGGGAAAUCAGGGCACAGAGAGGCUCAGUGGCUUGGAGCAGAGAGCAGACCAACCCUGUGCAGUGAUGCUCACAACAUCUGCUGGUCAUCAGCUGCAUUGUGUCUGGGAACUUCAAACCCAGUGUGGUUUCCUCCUUUCAGGCAGCGGCGGCCCUCUUGCCUCCAGCAGCUGGGCCAGGAGGCCUUGUGCUCACUCACAUGCUAGGACAGCCCUGUGUGAGGGACUGAAGAUUUACAGUGCAGGAGGACUGAAGGUGCAAGUUGGUCACCCUCGUACAUCAGCCCAUGUUGUACUUCUAGUUUUUGCUCUCCUCAGAAGUCUCAUAUGUGCACACUCCCUUGCUGCCUUCAGAGAAUCCCUUUCCCUGGCUGACAGAAACAUGUUGGGUGUGAGUUUUCCUUGUGAUUUAUCAGCCAAAACUGCAGGAGGAAGCUUUCGGGAUCGAUGUGCUGGCAGCUCCCUCUGCACCCUUCUGAGCUGGUGCAAGUAGUGCAUUGUGCCCGCAGUGCUGGGCAUGCCCUGGCACUUACCUGUGAGCCGCACAAGGUGAGCUGGUGAUUUAGUCUUAAUGCUCAGAUCUCUGGCAGCAGCAGUGAGCGCUCUGCCCUGUGCUGGGGGCAAGCCCAGGGCGUGAUUCGUGCACUCUGUACAUGAUUCAUGUGUUGGUUAACACUGUCAAUUUUGUUACCGAGUCGGGGAUGGGUUUUACUGCUGGUGGAAAUGAAGUAAGCCAGUUCCUGAUGUGCCAGUGGGGAUGUAAUAACUUUAUUGGCUUUCCUCAUCAGGAAGUUAAUGAACAUUGUCUUGAUGUUUGGUGGGAAAAACCACCUUCUGUUUUUGGGGUGGGAUUUGAAGCCUGCUGCAGCCAUAGCAUUCUGCUGUGACCGUGGAGCUGUGGUGGGUGCUUGACAGCCCUGCUGGAGCAGAGGGCUGGCUGCUGGACCUGUGCCCUUCCCUUGGUGACAUCUGCAUGUGUGCAGCACCACUGUGCCACAGCCUCUCCCUGCAGAGGAGGGGCAAUUGCUUGCUUCGAAGGGGCUGAUCUUUGUAUUAUCUCUGCUUUUACAUCACUGCAAGGAAGAGAGAUUGUGUUGGGACUGACGCUCUCCUCCAAGGGACAGGGAUUAUUCGUGCCCUCCCCUAGAUGUGCCUGGUGCUGAUCAGCCUGCUCCAUGCCCAACCUGUAAGCCUCUCCGAGAGCACAACAAAUUGUUGCGUUGGGACAGAUUUGCUUCUUCCUUGGCGUUGUCCUGGGUAUCUGUAACUCCUGGUGCCUGUUGGAGCUGGGAGAUCGCUUUGGUCCCCAGCUCUCCAUGCUGACAUGGUAACGGAACGGCGGCUCUCAGCGGCGGGCAGGCAGGGACAGCUGCGGAGAGGCUAGUGCAACUGGCAGGGUCCAUCUCGGAUAGAUGCAGAUGAUGCCAGAGCUAUGACAGGGAUUGCAGUCCUUGCACUGAGGGGUGAUCAGUUAUGGAACAACUACAGGAGGAAGUACCUGAGGUCAGGGAAGAGGAGGAGGAAGAGGAAGAGGCAGUGACAGUGCCCAGCGGAGCAUCGGACCCAAGUGUAGGACCAGAAAGCUCACUGCCCUCGAGCAGCUACACCGACCUUUCACAGAGCUCCUCUCCCUCCCUGUCAGACCAACUGCAGAUGGGCUGUGAGGAGACGGCCUCGGGGGCACUGAACGUGGAGUGCAGAGUCUGUGGAGACAAAGCCUCGGGCUUCCACUACGGUGUGCACGCCUGCGAGGGCUGCAAGGGUUUCUUCCGCCGGACGAUCCGCAUGAAGCUGGAAUAUGAAAAGUGUGAGAGAAGCUGCAAGAUUCAGAAGAAGAACCGGAAUAAGUGCCAGUACUGCCGCUUCCAGAAAUGCCUCUCGUUGGGCAUGUCACAUAAUGCGAUCCGCUUUGGCCGCAUGCCAGAGGCAGAGAAGAGGAAGCUGGUAGCGGGGCUGACGGCGAGCGAGAUAAGCUGCCAGAACCCACAGGUGGCCGACCUGAAAGCUUUCUCCAAGCACAUCUACAACGCCUACCUGAAAAACUUCAACAUGACCAAAAAGAAAGCGAGAGGUAUCUUGACCGGGAAGGCCAGCAGCACCCCAGUAAGUUCCCUCCAGUGGCAGGCAGGGCUGGCUGCAGCCUGUGUGGGGGGCUGUUCUCUGGGCUCAUCUUCCUCCUGCUAUAACUACUGCACGUGCAGCAGUUCCCAGCUACGUGGUCUUUACAUGUCUUGCUACUUGCUGAGAAAAUUCCCACCUCUCCUCAGACUUGUGCAUGUGUGUGUGGGUGCUGUUUGCCAGUGCUCCCUUAGCACUGGCAGGAGAGAGCAGCAAAUGGACAGGCAAAGACGAGUGUCCUGGGCAGAGCAUGAGUGCAGCAAGUUCCUGACCACUCUUUUCUUUUUCAAGCAGCCUUUUGUGAUCCAUGACAUGGACACCCUGUGGCAAGCAGAAAAGGGGCUGGUCUGGAAACAGCUGGUGAAUGGGAUCCCCCCCUACAAGGAGAUUGGGGUGCACGUCUUCUACCGCUGCCAGUGCACCACAGUAGAAACUGUGCGGGAGCUUACUGAGUUCGCCAAGAGCAUCCCCAGCUUCAUAGGCCUCUACUUGAAUGACCAAGUGACUCUGCUGAAAUAUGGGGUGCACGAGGCCAUCUUUGCCAUGCUGGCUUCUAUCAUGAACAAGGAUGGGCUGCUGGUGGCCAACGGGAAUGGCUUUGUGACCCGCGAGUUCCUGCGUAGCUUGCGCAAGCCCUUCAACGAGAUCAUGGAGCCCAAGUUUGAGUUUGCUGUGAAGUUCAAUGCACUGGAGCUGGAUGACAGCGACCUGUCUCUGUUUGUGGCUGCCAUUAUCCUGUGCGGAGACCGUCCCGGCCUGAUGAACGUGAAGCAGGUGGAGGAGAUCCAAGACAACAUCCUCCGAGCGCUGGAGUUCCACCUGCAGUCCAACCACCCGGACGCCCAGUACCUCUUCCCCAAGCUGCUGCAGAAGAUGGCUGACCUGCGGCAGCUGGUGACAGAGCACGCCCAGCUGGUGCAGAAGAUCAAGAAGACAGAGACAGAGACCUCCCUGCACCCGCUCCUACAAGAGAUCUACAAGGACAUGUACUAAGGACCUCUUAUUUAUGAGAAUGAAGCCAUGGAUUCCAAGCGAGACUCUUUGUACAAAAACAAAGAAAACCUUUCCCCAUGUCUUCCAUUUCUUCUACUGGAAACUCUUUUCUACACGACUCCAAUGUACGGUACAUAGGGCAAGGUGCCAGAAGGUUUUGCAGUCACCUCCUGGUAGCUUGGGACUUCCAUUAACACACUAACGAAUUUACAAAGGCAAAUCAUAAGCUACUGUUUCCAUUACUGUGGGGCCUCCAGAGCAGCUGGGUGGUUUGCAUGGCAUGGACGGGGGAUUCCUGCAGCAGCUUGGGGCUAGCGGGGGCUGUUCCAGUUGUUCAGAGCCCCAAGUGUGGUGUGGUUUCCUCAUGGGCAGCAGCAGCACUUAGGGUGUGUCUUUAUCAUAUUGCACUCUAAAGAUGUAGUCCUGAGCUGUGAAGUUUAGGACAGUGGCACAAAAGGAAGUAUUUCUCUUCCCCAAGGAAAAGCUGGCAUAUUUGAAGACCUGUAUGGCUGUCCUAGCAAAGAGCCUUGGCUGCAACCCCCCUCUCUCUGCUCCCAGUGCCUCCACUUCAGAGGAACCUGUCCCUUAGCACCUCUGUGUCAAAGAGGGCAGGGAAGGGGUUGACUCAAGAAUUCACCUUUGGAGCAGAGGCCCACAAUCCUUUUGCUUCCCCAGGCAGUUCUGAGCAGAUAGGAGUUCCAGAAAGGUCUGCACAGGGCAGGUGUGGGAUGAGGUGGCUGUGCAAGCUCCUUGCAAGCACCAGAGCACGCAAAGCCUUCAGCAACACCAGCAUGGGGAAAGUUACGGCCAGCCCACAGAGCCCAGGGUGCUGACAGGGCAUUUGUGGGGUUGUGGGGAGGGAGCACAUCCCGGGCUGGAAGGUUCUGCAGAAGAGAUCUGGUGAUCCACAGCACCAGCAGAGCAGCCCUGACAGGGGAACAGCAGCACUGGGGAGUGCAGGAGAUCACUGCACCCCAACCUGGUGUUGCUACCACCAAAGUGUGCGUGGAUUCGCCCCUCUGCUUAUGGCUGUGCCUCAGUUUCCCCCUGCAGGAACAGAAGCCAGGCUGCCCUUUUCUCAGAAGGGGGAAAUGAAGAUCAGUGCGCUGGUUGCAAAGAGCUUUGCAGCUGUAAAACACAAUAUAAACACCAAGUAUUCAUAAGGGGGGGGGAUGCUCACCCCAAACUGGUUGGGAGUUUCCCCUGCCCUGCUCCACACCAUGCCCUGAGCUUGGGGACAGCUUUGGGUUCUGGCCUUCCCUUCCAUGCUGCUGGGCUGGCAGUCCCAUACCUGCUGCUGCCCUCUGCCUCCUCACUGUGCCUCAGUUUCCCCACCCUCACCUCCCAGCCGUACCUCACAGGGCUGUUAAGGAGUUACCAUUUCUAAAGCACUUUGAAGUCCUCUGGGGAAGGCACCGGAGAUGUGUGCUGCUCCCAGCAUGGGGGUCUGUCCCCAAAGCCCCCACUGUCCCCCAGAGCUCGGUGGCACCCCCAGGGCACAUGGACCCCUGUGUUGGUCACCUGGGGGACUUUUUGCUCUUCCCUUCAGUGUAACAACCCUCAAAGUGAAAUGUAUAUUUUUGCUAGAAGUACAAACCUCCAAGUGUUUUUAAUAAUAUAAAUAGUGUCUGCAAACUGACUUGACUUUAAAUAAAUCUGAACUAAAUAUUUAAGCACCUUUUA